AUCAGCGCUGAGGCCGAUCGGACUCGGAUCAGUCCGACUCCAGCGGCGUUUGGGAGGAGGUCAACUGGGUCAGGCUCCAAGACGGGACACAAGGGGGGGUCGGACCCAGACUGAACCAGAUGGAGGACAUCAGGCAGAUAUGAAUCCUCCAGGGAACAGUUAACGAUUCUGGACCGGACUACGUGGAUCUGUUUCCCAUCAGCUCCCGGUUCAUCCCUCAGCUGUUCCAUGGGGUCAAAGGUUGACGCCUGACAUUCUUCAGAUAAAAUGGCGACUCCUCAGAGCAGCUCAGUGUCUUCGUCUCCAAUGAGUUCGCGGAUGCAGACCCUGCAGGUGGACUCGGUUCAGCGCUGGAUGGAGGACCUGCGUCACAUGACUGAGGUGGAGUGCAUGUGCGUGCUCCAGGCCAAGCCCAUCGGCGUGGACGAGGACUGCCAGCAGGGAGAGCUCAUCGUGGCGGCCGGUGUCGCGGGGGAUGAACACGUGGCGCGAAACAACCUGCAGACGCUGCUGCGCCGGGCGCUGGUGGUCAGCACCGAGCUGGGGAAGAUGUUCCAGCGGUUGGAGAAGGGUCGGUGGCAGCGCGUCCACAGCACCGCCGUCCGGGCCAACUGCCACGUCCGCUCACUGGUGCAUGAGUACAGCACCGCCCGCAGCACGCCGCCCGCCAUGCAGAAGUAUGAAAAGUCUCUGCUGGAGAAAUGUAUGGAACUGACCAACAUCACUGAGAGGUGCCUUCACACCGACGACGAGUUCUUCCUGAAGUCCAUGAGGGACGCCAUCCACGAGAUCCUGACCGACGUUAGCGACUCCUUCAGUAACAUGAUUGACAUGGCGUUGGCCAACGAGAUCCGGGUCCUGAUCAAACAGAUCGAGUCAUGUGACAGUGUCCACGCCAUCGGCAGCGCCAUCAGUAACCUCCUGUCUCUGACACAGGACGGACCUCAGCUCUGCAGCAUCAUUGCCAAGGAGGGGGCGGUGGUGGCCCUGUUUAAGAUCUGCAGACAGGACCGGUUCAGAGACCUGUACGCCCACGCCCUGAGGACGGUGGCGUCCAUCUGCUGCGUGGAGGAAGGAAUCAACCAGCUGGACAAGGUGGAUGGUAUCCUGUGCCUGGCUGACAUCCUGACCGAUGACGGCAGCGUGGAGGCGGCCCGGGCCGAGGCGGCGGCCGUCGUGGCUCAGAUCACGUCUCCUCAUCAUACGUCCACCCAACACCUGGCCAGUUUCCUGGAGAGCAUGCACGACAUCGUCACGGCGCUGAUCAAGUUGUGUGAGAGCGCCUCCUGUGGGGAGGUUUUCCUGCUGGCGUCUGCAGCCUUGGCCAACAUCACCUUCUUCGACAGCAUGGCCUGUGAGAUGCUCCUGCAGCUCAACGCCAUCCACAUCCUGUUGGACGCCUGCAGAGACCGCCAGAGGGUGGACACGCCCUACUCCAAAGACCAGGUGGUGACCAUCCUGGCGAACCUGUCGGUGUUGGAACAAUGUGCCGCUGAUGUUCUGCAAGACCAAGGUAUCGACCGUCUGCUGCUGCUGCUCGGGGAGCGUCCGUCCUCCUCCAGUCCGUCGGAGGGCGCCGCCUGCGAACGCGUCCAGCAGAAAGCCGCCGUCACCCUGGCCCGACUCAGCCGCGACCCCGAGGUCGCCCAGACCGCCAUCCAGCUCAAAGCCGUCCCUCGUCUCAUUGAACUGUGUCGUUCUCCGACUGAGCGGAACAACAGUGACUCGGUGCUGGUCGCCUGCCUGGCCGCCCUGAGGCGUCUUGCCGCCGGUUGUCCCGACAGCAUCGAGGCCAACGACCACCAGCAGCUCAUUAAGCCCCGCCUUGUCGACUCCUUCCUCCUCUGCUCCAACAUGGAAGAGAGCUUCGUAUGACGCCGUUCAUAGGCCACGCCCCCGCCACAUCUAACAUGAUGAGUGACGACCAAUCAGCAGUCGUCUGUAUCUGUAAAUAUCCAUAAACGCAGCUUUAACAGACGUCUGUUUGUAUUAUUUCAUCAUUAUUUUGUACUCGUAGUUGAUACUUUAUGAGAAUAUGCUCUGAAACACUUUAUUACCACUGUGCAAUUCCAGUAUUUAUUCAGUUUCAGUCUUAGAAACAGUUUAUGAAACGAAAACCAGCAGGAAACAGAACAGGAAGAGACCUGAACCCAAGACAAUGCAGACUUUUGUCAAUUUGUUCAAUAAAAAAAAUCAGCCAAUCAUUUGAUUCUGUUUUCCAUAAGUAAAUUAUGAGCUCUGUCCUGUUCUGUGUGUUUUUCUGUUCUAUUCAGUAAAUGUACGGAAACCGUCCACGUUCCAGCUGAACCUUUGACGUGUUCUGAUCCAUCAGAUGAAGAAUUUUAUUAAACACUGAUGUAAAACAAGAAGCAUCAAUAAAAACGCAAAGACAUAAA